UGUCGUUCAAUUUGAUUUGAACACACACUAUUUGAGCAAAGCAAAAAAAAAGAUCAACAUUUUUCAUAUUUUGUGUGAAUCUUUUGCUUGAAGAUUCUUACCUUUUCGUUAUUAUUAUUUACCUACUUAAUAAUUAUGGCACAAAACAGUAUCAACAAAAUGCUGUCCAUCAUGAUUGGAUUGUUUAUGAUGAUUGUAAAUGUAAACAUGGUUUAUUCAAUGUAUUAUCCAAAUUUUCGUAUGGUACCAGUAUCAUCAUUAGAAAUGAUGAAUGUUCGAUCAGAUUAUGUUGGUGGUGGUGAUCAACAACCGCGACAACAACAACAACAACCAUGGGGUAUUCGUAAUCUACCAUCAUCAUCAUCAUCAUAUCCAUCAAUUGAACAACAAGAACAAUUAGCAAUGUUAGCUGCUGAAGCAUCAAAUAAUCGAAUGGUUUAUCAACCAAGUAAUAUUGGUAUUGUUGGUGGUGGUGGUGGUGGUGGAAAUGAAGAUAAUAUCUGUCAAGGUGGUUUUGUCGAAUAUUGUUUGAUUCAAGCUAAUCAAGAUGGUGAACAAAGUAUGUUAGUAAUUGGUUCAAACAACAAUAAUCAAACCGAUAAAGAUAAAGAUCAAUUAUCAAAAGAAUUUGAUGGAAUGUGUCAGGUUGUCAUUCGUUUUAUUAAUUGUAUUAAUUCAAAUUAUUUCCGUUGUAAUCCAUCAUCAUCAACAUUGAAUCCAAAUACUGAUGUUUUUCUUAAUUCAUGGACUAAUAUGUGUGCUAGUGAUAGCAAGAUUCGUAACAAAUAUCUUCAACAUUCCAAAUGUAUCAAACAUGCAUUAUCACAUAAUAAUGGUCAAGAACAAUGUCAAUCAAUGUUUCAAAGUUAUUUUCUUUCACAACAAUUUUCAUUAGAUUCAAUGGAAAAUACUGUACAAUAUGGUUGUUGUGCAUUUAAUGAAUGGCAAUAUUGUAUUGAUUCAUUAAUACAACGACAAUGUGGACCGGAUGCAACAAAAGCUAUUCAAGAUUUGAUUAAUCAAGCAUCGGGAGGAUUGGUAUCAUCACUUUGUGAAAAGAAAAUAUUUGGCCGUAAAUCAAAAGCAUGUAGUGGAAAGAAAAAUUAUAAUUAUAAUAAAUUAUCAACAUUAGAUCCAAUGAUGAAUGCAACAUUACAAAAAUAUGUUAAUAUUUUUGGUGAAUUUAUUGAACGUCUACCGGAUGAUGAUGAUGAUGAUGAUGUUGGUGGUGGUGUUGGUGGUGAAAUUGCCGAUGGUAGCCGUAAUCCAAAUUCAAAUUGAAAAAACAAAACAACAAACAAACAACAAACAACAAAAACACAAUGACAAAC